UUACAGGCGUGAGCCACCGCGCCCGGGCUUGAUUGUUCUUUUGAGCCAAGAAUCUGGGCCUCAGCCUAGGCAUCUUGUGGAGCCCAGGAAUCCGGGCCCCCAACUCCUACUGCGCUAGCUCCCAGGAAUUUUGCCCCCAGCACACCCCACCCCUAUCCACUGAUAUCUGAGACCCGCGUCCAGCCCAGUCCCUUCCCCUGCGGCGCCCGGUGCCAAUGGGUACUAGGGGAGCAUUUUGCUGCCCCUUCAAGAUCCUUAAAUACAGGAAUCUAGCCUCUAUUUCUUGGGGAGACCCAGCAGUCAGGGGUCGUAGUCCAGAACCAUCUAAAGCCCAGGAAUACUGCUCUCAAUUCUGCUCUCCCUCAGGGCUCCACGAGACAGAGAUGCUAGCCCACAAACCCCAUUGAACUGAGGGGCCUGGUCCCCCAAUCCGCUGCGACCCAGGUGUCUUAAGGUUUCAUCCAGCAAGGAAGGGGUGGGGGCGGAACAGACCAGGAAGGAGGGGCUAGGAAGGGAGCGGAAGAAAGGAGUGAGGUGAGACGGGGGCGGGGACCUGAGCUGGGGGGCUCUGUACUAAACAAACCCUAAACAUGCGGGUUUCUAUGGUAACGGUCUUCCCUGGCCUACCCUGGAGACUCCUCUAGGGCUGUGUCGAGGAGGGCAGCCCCCAGGAGUCUCCACGCCGCCAGCUGUUGUGUCUUCCUGUUUUGUCACCACGGCAACGGUGACCUCAGCCCUCCACCCAGCUCACUGGGUUGGGGCGGGAGCUCCACGUUACUUUUACCCCGGGGGGCGUGGUCUGCUCUUGGCCCCGCCUCAGGGCGGGGCUGGGAUAGCCCAAGCUCGGGGAAGUCCCUGUCCACCGCCCUAGCCGGAGCUGCGCCCCGCCCCGGCCCCGCCCCCGUCCCGCCCGCGCUGGCUCCCCAGCCCGCCAACCCCACCCAGCCCUCAGACCCUUCCAGCUGCAGCUGUUGUCUUUGCUUCAGCCGCAGUCGCCACUGGCUGCCUGAGGUGCUCUUACAGCCUGUUCCAAGUGUGGCUUAAUCCGUCUCCACCACCAGACCUUUCUCCGUGGGUUCCUCUGCUAAGACCGCUGCCAUGCCAGUGACGGUAACCCGCACCACCGUCACAACCACCACGACGUCAUCUUCGGGCCUGGGGUCCCCCACGAUCGUGGGGUCCCCUCGGGCCCUGACACAGCCCCUGGGUCUCCUUCGCCUGCUGCAGUUGGUGUCUACCUGCGUGGCCUUCUCGCUGGUGGCUAGCGUGGGCGCCUGGACGGGGUCCAUGGGCAACUGGUCCAUGUUUACCUGGUGCUUCUGCUUCUCCGUGACCCUGGUCAUCCUCAUCGUGGAGCUGUGCGGGCUCCAGGCCCGCUUCCCCCUGUCUUGGCGCAACUUCCCCAUCACCUUCGCUUGCUACGCGGCCCUCUUCUGCCUCUCGGCCUCCAUCAUCUACCCCACCACCUACGUCCAGUUCCUGUCCCACGGCCGUUCCCGGGACCACGCCAUCGCCGCCACCUUCUUCUCCUGCAUCGCGUGUGUGGUUUACGCCACCGAAGUGGCCUGGACCCGGGCCCGGCCCGGCGAGAUCACUGGCUACAUGGCCACCGUGCCAGGGCUGCUGAAGGUGCUGGAGACCUUCGUGGCCUGCAUCAUCUUCGCGUUUAUCAGCGACCCCUCCCUGUACCAGCACCAGCCGGCCCUGGAGUGGUGUGUGGCGGUGUACGCCAUCUGCUUCAUCCUAGCGGCCAUCGCCAUCCUGCUGAACCUGGGAGAGUGCACCAACGUGCUACCCAUCCCCUUCCCCAGCUUCCUGUCGGGGCUGGCCUUGCUGUCUGUCCUCCUCUAUGCCACUGCCCUUGUUCUCUGGCCCCUCUACCAGUUCGAUGAGAAGUAUGGCGGCCAGCCUCGGCGCUCGAGAGAUGUAAGCUGCAGCCGCAGCCAUGCCUACUACGUGUGUGGCUGGGACCGCCGACUGGCUGUGGCCAUUCUGACGGCCAUCAACCUACUGGCGUAUGUGGCUGACCUGGUGCACUCUGCCCGCCUGGUUUUUGUCAAGGUCUAAGACUCUCCCAAGAGGCUCCCGUUCCCUCUCCAACCUCUGUUCUUCUUGCCCGAGUUUUCUUUAUGGAGUACUUCUUUCUUCUGCCUUUCCUCUGUUUUCCUCUUCCUGGCUCCCCUGCUUCCCACCUUUUUCUUUCCUUCCCAAUUCCUUGCACUCUAACCAGUUCUUGGAUGCAUCUUCUUCCUUCCCUUUCCUCUUGCUGUUUCCUUCCUGCGUUGUUUUGUUGCCCACAUCCUGUUUUCACCCCUGAGCUGUUUUUCUUUUUUUUUUUUUUUUUUUUUUUUAAGACGGAGUCUCACUCUGUAGCCCAGGCUGGAGUGCAGUGGUGCGAUCUCGACUCACUGCAACCCCUGCCUCCUGGGUUCAAGCGAUUCUCCUGCCUCAGCCUCCCAAGUAACUGGGAGGACAGGUGUGAGCUGCCGCACCCAGCCUGUUUCUCUUUUUCCACUCUUUUUUUCUUAUCUGUUUUCUGGGUUACCUGUUGGCUUUCUUAUCUGCCUGUUUUGCAACCACCUUCUCCUGUGUCCUUGGGAGCCCUGAGACUUCUUUCUCUUCCUGCCUCCACCCACCUCCAAAGGUGCUGAGCUCCCACAUCCACACCCCUUGCAGCCGUCCAUGCCACAUGCCAAAGCAUGCCUGCCCACCCUCGCUGUGCCUUAGUCAGUGUGUACGUGUGUGGGGGGGGGGGGGGGUAGCUGGGAUUGGGCCCCCUUUCUCCCAGUGGAGGAAGGUGUGCAGUGUACUUCCCCUUUAAAUUAAAGAAAAAAAAAAAGAUAUAUAUAUAUAUAUUUGGAGGUCAGUAAUUUCCAAUGGGCGGGAGGCUUUAAGCACAGACCCUGUGUCCCUAGGCCCCGCCUGGCACUCAGCCUUGCCAGAGAUUGGCUCCAGAAUUUUUGCCAGGCUUACAGAACACCCACUGCCUAGAGGCCAUCUUAAAGGAAGCAGGGGCUAGAUGCCUUUCAUCCCAACUAUUCUCUGUGGUAUCAAAAAAAAAAAAAAAAAAAAAGGAGUCGGGGCCGGGCUGGUGGCUGACGCCUGUAAUCCCAGUACUUUGGGAGACCAAGGCAGGCAAUCAUCUGAGGUCAGGAGUUCAAGACCAGCCUGGCCAACAUGGUGAAACCACGUCUCUA